AUGACAUAUUCUGAAGGUGAGUAUCGGGUAUUCACUGAAUUCAAUGCAUCACAUAUUCACUGCGGAAUAUCGCAUACUCACCUGCGGAAUAUGCCAUAUACCGCAGAGCAUGGUCUCUAUGGUGAUAACAUCUACCAGGGGAUGUUUGCUAAAGAACUGAAGGACGCUGAAGAGAAAAGAGUCAGCCCCGAGUCUUUGGGGGUUCCUGAUAUCUCUAAAGAAGGAAAUUACCAGGUACGCUGGAAUUGGGUUUUAUUUGACAAUUUGAUGGUAAAACUCCUCAACUUUUCUCCACGCUCAAAGGCUGAUAUCAGAUCUGAAGAUUACGAUGAUCAGGAAAUGGUGCGCAAGUCCUCUCCUGCAUAUAUCGCAGCGCCGCAUUUGGCAUUUUGGGUUCAAGAUGAUACUGAUCUGAGAGAGUACGUUAUGGAGCUAGAAAGAAGGUCAAAUGCAGCUGGGUUUGAGAAAAUAAAAUGCAGUCGCAUGACGGAAAUUAAAAAUGAAGAGGAUAGGUAUAGUGUACCAAUUGAAGCUUUUGCCAAUGUCUAUGACAGUGAGGACUCUCUGGGAGGGGGAGGACUAGGUUGGGUAUAUUGUAAAGGGCCAAAUGGUGAACAAAUCGAAUUUAUAAAAUUUGCAAAGUCAAGUGGUGAUAAAAUACGAGAUGCAUUUUGCGCCCGUAAGUCAUUAACGACAAAGAUAUAUCCUGCCUAUAAAGACAAUAAGUACAAAAGAAAUGUUGGACUUCCUGGGGAACUUUAUGGACUUCAUCAUUUAGGAAUACGUACCUCUAGUUUGGAUGAGUCUAUUGAUUUUUUCUCAGGCAUACUAGGGGGAACAUUAAUGGAGGAACUCAAAGGUGAUCAUUUCUUUGGCUCGGCUUUACAGAAUGCACUCUUCCAACAAGAAAUGAUCAAAGCAAGACAAACCAAUGCAAAUUAUGAUGACCUUGGAAUCGGCGAUUUUGUCAAAUCUGACUUAGAGAUAAGUCUCAGGUUUGUUCUAUUUGAUAACUUUAUUUUGGAACAAUUGAUGUAUGCUAGAAAGGGUGACAAAACUAACGGAUAUAACCCUCGCCAUGAAAGGAGCUCUCCUGCUCUCAUUCACAAUAUGCAAAUUGGUCUACAACUUCAAAAUGAUGUUAAAAUGAAUGACUUUAUGCACGAUGUGCUGAAGAAAUCGAAAUCAAAAUUUGGUAAAGUUAUUGCUAACCCCAUUGUUGAUGAUCCGAAACUUAAUGGCUAUAAAUUUGCAUUUGUGAAAGGACCAAUGGGAGAACAGCUUGUAUUCAGUCAAUUCACAGGUAAAAUGGCUGAUAUAAUCAAAUCAGAAAUGCUAGCAUAUGGGUCACUUAGUACUGCCUAUGAAGAAACCAACCCAUGGACUUGGGACGGAUUUAAGGAAUCAUGUUCUGAAGCUACAGAUACAAGUCAUGCCGAAUUAUAAAUCAAACCCGUGAGUGUUGAUUAUACAAAUGAUAAACAGCUUGAAUUCGAAAACUGCACACUGUUGAACAAUUGCAGGACACAUAAAAAUAACCGCUGAAAUCACAAGAUGAAUGCUUUUCUGCUUAUAAGUAAUAAAUGUGUUGUCGUGAAGGAAUAUAGACUAUUGAACAAAUAUGUCAAAGAUAAGUUUUUGCAGAUUUUUAAAGUUCAAAUACAUAAAUAGAACUUCUGCAAAACCAUGAUGAACAAUCGAACAUGCAAGAUUUAUUUGUUUUUUUAUAGUCUAGCUUGAUAAAUGUCUCACAGUUAUUCAUUUU